GCGAGCAUUGACAUGCGCACUAGUGACCAGUGCUCAGAAAUCAUCGUUCGGUGUAAUUUGUGCUGGUGUCUCCGAUGUUCUAAGUAAAUCGCGUAGUUUCCUGCAUCCGAUAAGGCACAGCCCGCCGCCAACCUCCCCCGAACUCGCGUCCGAGGCUAUGCGACGGCGGCAGACCGCGGCCUCCAGCUAGCACGUCCUCUGCAGACAAUACGGUAGGUGGCGACAACGCGGGGUUCCUGCACGUGCAAUGCCGGCGUCCACCCUGGAGCCCGUCAACGCGGCCCUGCGUUCGGCCCUCGGCAAGGGCGACGACGGCGCCCUCGACGAUCAGCUGGCGGGCGCCUCCAAGAAGGCGCUGCUGGCAGACGUCGACUUCGAGCCGGCCGGGAGCUACCAAAGCACCGUCUUGGACAAGCUCAAGUCCAAGUACAUCGUCCUCAAGAGCGCGGAAACCCCCCAGCCGAGCAAGCCGGAGGGAGACAUGGGCGCCGACGAGACGCUCAAGUUGGCCAGUUACGAACUAUAUCCUUUGGAAGCGGUGCAGUUAGGGUGGAGCAAAUGUGAUUGGUCAGUGGGAGCCGGAAUGAUCAACAUGGGCAAUACCUGCUACUUGAAUUCGACGCUACAAGCACUCUUUCAUGUUCCCGCCCUUGUUAAUUGGCUCAUUUCGGAUAAAGAACACACAUCUGAAUGUCAGGAUUCAGGUGGUCUUUGUAUAAUAUGUGCAAUGCGAAAAACCCUUCAAGAUUCCCAACAACGUAACACAAACUCUAUCCGUCCUCUCCUAAUCUACAACAAGUUGCGUUUGGUUUGUCGGAACCUCAUACCCGGACGACAAGAAGAUGCACACGAAUUCCUUAGAUACUUAGUAGAAGCAAUGGAAAAAUCCUAUUUACGUCGUUUUAAAAACCACACCGAAUUUGAUUCGAAAGUCAAAGAAACCACACCUUUAAAUCAAAUCUUGGGCGGUUAUUUGAGAUCGGCUGUGAGAUGUCUAAAAUGUGGCCACGUUAGCACCACAUUUCAACACUUUCAAGAUCUACUACUGGACAUUAGGAAAGCACAAACGUUAGAUGAAGCUUUAGAGGGUUACUUCGCUAGAGAAAAACUGGACGAUGAUUCGUACCAUUGCCAGUCGUGUCAGAAAAAAGUACCUGCAACUAAACAGUUCUCCGUUGAAAGAGCCCCUAUGGUUCUUUGUAUACAAUUGAAAAGAUUUUCGGUUAGCAAUAAUAAAAUUACAAAACAUAUACAUUUUCGGCAAAGACUGGAUUUAACAAGGUAUGCCAGACAUCGUCCCAGUGUUCCACUGAUCUAUAGACUUGUUGCCUUAGUCACACAUAUGGGACCGACUGUUAAUUGUGGCCACUACACUGCGGUCGCCCAAGCACCGACUGGUAAUUUUUACCAGUUUGAUGAUAGUAUGGUGCGGGUGAUAUCUCACCAAGCUGUGUUCAAUACAAAUGCAUACAUAAUGCUAUACGAACUGGAAUCAUCUCCAUUCACGCAAAAAUCAAACAAUGCAACAAACAACAAAGUAAAGUCUCCACUUUCACCAGAAACCAGUACCAGCAGUACCUCGCCGAAAACCUCUACGAACGGUAUAGGUUUCACAAGUGACAAAGUUUACGGACCUGAAUUGCCGCCGGACAAAGCAGAGAAAAAAGUCAACGGAACCAAUCCAACGCCGCUUACGAACGGUAACGGCAAUCACUCGGAAAGUUCCUCCAGUACAAGCGACAGCGAACCCGAAAACGCCUGUAAUAGGAAAAAUCUCCAAAAAGAGAACAAGCCCCUAGCAACCCCCCCACCGUCGCCCCAAAAACCCGUAUUUAGUACAAAUAAUGAAGCAAAACCCCCAAAACCUCCCUCAUCACCGAAGAUCCAAAACCGGGUUUUAUCAUCAGUCCACAACGUCACUAGCAAUAUUCCAACACAAAUCAGCUCUUCAAACACCGAAUUGAUCGUUAAACAAAAAGAAACGUCAUUUCAUCCACUCACAACAAAACUGGUUCCUUAUGAGACUGAUGACUCUAGUGGUUCGGAUGAUUCAAACCAGUCUCCACAUGAGUUAGAGUAUAGAGUUUCGACGAAAGCGGCUGUGGGCGAAUGGAAGGUGACUUCUACUGAGCCAAGUGCACAAAGUUCACAGACUAAAACGUGGGGAGAGAAAAAACAAGAUGGAACUGUUAAUGAAUUGUUCAAAAUGUCGCAUAGUGGGUAUUCGGCGCCAGUGGCGUCGUGGAAUGGAACGAGAGCACAGUUAGAUAAAGAAAUUAGUAAUGAGAGAAGGGAAGAUAGGAAAAGGGCGUUUAUGGAUAAUUCAGAUCAAGGGAAAACGAAACAUCAGAAAUUGUGUAAUAAUUCAUAUAAAUCCAACCCAGGAUACAAUCCAGUUCAGGAAUUUCACAAUGCAAAAAAUUGGAGUCAAAACAGCGGUUCUGGACAUUACAAGCCGUUCUAUUCAGGAAACAGACAUAGACGUAAUUUCCACCACAAAGGCUUUCAUAAAAAUUACCGCUUUAGGCAGUGAUUAACAUUAAGGUUGAAUAUUUUAAAUAGGAAAAUGAACUUGUAUAAUUGUGCAUAUGUCACCAUUGUUUAGUAUAACUGACCAUUAUGUGAAUUAUUUAUGUAAGUAUUUAUAUUUUUAAACAUACCUAUAAUUCCCAACUUUUAUUUAAAAUGCAGUGUAACUAUUUUAAAGUAGUUUUAGUAUAAUUAACAUGAAGUCCUUUAGGAAAUGGUAUUUGUUUUAUUUUUUGAGCUUAAUGUCCACAGUGCAUUUAAAAUACUGUAAUGUUUUGUAUUUUUUCCAUUUGUAUAAAAGAUACUUUUAUUUACCAUUAAGCAUAAAGAUAUUAAACUUUUACCAUUUAGUUUAUUUCAAUAAAGCGUCUUUUUAUUAAUUGUUCAUAUUACUGUAAGCUCUGAACUAAUUUUUAGUCAUAUUUGAUUUUGAACAAUGGUAAAUAGUUCAGCCUACACUAUGUGUACUCAUGUUGUAGCAGAUGCAAUCAUGUAACUGUUUAGAACAUGAAUUUGAAAAUAAAAUUUUUGUACUGAUAUAAAAUUUUAUUGCAGCAAUAAAUAAAAUAAUGAGGAUCUAUAACUACGAA